UCAUAUCAAAUCCCACCAAAGUUAGGUACUUAUCCCCCACCUGAGCUCCCCUAAACAUUAGUUUCGUUACUCUAGCUGAAUUCUCUGUAGGAAAGAAAGCUUUCCAUCAUCAUCAGAUGGAGAAGAAAAGCUUCUCACAUAGAGAGGGCAUUUUCUUGCAGCAUCCAUUCUUCCUUUUCCUUAUUCUAGCCUUAGGUUUUGUUGUAAUGGAUCCCUUUAAAAUGGGUCCUGUAGGCUGCCAUGACUUCAGGCCUGUCAAGCACGACAUUGCACCUUACAAGCAAGUCAUGGAUAACUGGCCGAGAGACCAGUAUGGUCGUCUGGGGAAUGGGAAAUUGGAGUUUGAUGAUCAAGUUUUUGGCCCUGAAUCUUUGGAGUUUGAUAGCCUUGGUCGUGGUCCUUACACUGGACUAGCCGAUGGACGUGUUGUUAGAUGGAUGGGAGAGGCUAUUGGAUGGGAAACAUUUGCUGUUGUUACUACAAACUGGUCAGAGAAGCAUUGUGCUAGAGGUGUUGAUUCAACCACACCUAAGCAAUGGAAGCAUGAGAAACGAUGUGGUCGUCCACUGGGCCUAAGAUUCGACAAAAAGAGUGGAAAUUUAUACAUUGCAGAUGCUUAUUAUGGCCUUCUGGUUGUUGGACCUGAAGGAGGACUAGCUGCUCCUUUGGCAACUCAUGCAGCUGGAGACCCAAUACUCUUUGCCAAUGAUCUUGACAUACAUGAGAAUGGCUCUAUCUUCUUUACCGACACUAGCAAGAGAUAUGACAGAGUGAACCAUUUCUUCAUUUUGCUGGAAGGAGAAGCCACUGGCAGGCUUCUUAGAUAUGAUCCUCCUGCCAAAACAACUCAUGUAGUAUUGGAUGGCUUGGCAUUUCCGAAUGGAGUACAGCUAUCUAGGGACCAGACAUUCCUUCUAUUCACAGAGACUACCAAUUGCAGAUUGAUGAAAUUCUGGCUAGAGGGUCCAAAAACUGGAACAGUGGAACUUGUUGCUGACUUGCCAGGUUUUCCUGACAAUGUAAGACUAAAUGAUAAAGGACAAUUCUGGGUAGCAAUAGAUUGUUGCAGGACUCCAGCACAAGAGGUCCUCACACAUAAUCCAUGGAUGAGGAGCAUCUACUUCCGGUUACCAAUCCAAAUGAGCUUAUUAGCAAGAAUGAUGGGGAUGAGGAUGUACACUGUCAUAUCACUCUUCAGUGAAAAUGGAGAAAUCUUGGAAGUUCUUGAGGAUCCAAAAGGUGUAGUGAUGAAGCUAGUAAGUGAAGUUAGAGAGGUAGAAGGGAAGCUGUGGAUUGGAACUGUGGCUCAUAACCAUAUUGCAACCCUCCCCUAUCCUUAAUUAAUCCUUAGCUGCAAAAUCUUAUUGAUAAUUCUGUGAUGUAUUAAAUGGCUGGCUGGCUGCUUGUCUGCCUGCAAUAGGAAUUUCUGUAACAGAAUGAGCCUCAUUUAGGAAUAGCAAAGCAUUAUUAAUUUACAAACUUAAUUUGUCUAUUAAUAUGCUUUUGCAUACAUAAAUUUAUGAACUUUGCAUUGCUAA